AUGUCGGGCUCUGAGACGGACUCUGAAAUGGAGUCAAAAUACUACCACACCCGUUGGAACCGAAUUCGUGAAGCUGAUAUGGUUUUCGCGCAGGACACAAAAUUUCCAAACUCUACGACAACUUGGGUGGCUAGAUGUGAUUCUACCGCAUUGGUAUCAAGCCGUCAUGUAGUACCAGCAAAUGCUCUGAAUGGGCUACUAUUCCAAUAUUACCUGAUGGAUAGUAAUGAUUUGAUUGGAAUUGAAUUAUACAAGCAGCAAGUUGCAAAACCCACAUUAUUGAAAGAUCUGGUGAUUCAAGUUUCCUACCUUCCUAAAUUCACUCAGCUGAUGAAAACGCUGGCAAAAAGAAAGAAGAAAAAAGCAUCCAAAGGUAAAAAAACUAUUGGAGUGACAGAAAAGAAGUUCUAUAUUCGUGCCAUCCCGCCAAUUUAUGUUGGGCGCACAAAAGUUGGAGAAACAAGAGUGUUUGCGGAUGAAAUAGCAACAAUUCUUCCAUUGCUGAGUGAACAGCAAGGAGAUCCAUUGGACAUUUCUGAUUUACACUAUCGGCAUAUAUACGAGACCUGCAGUAUGGCUAGCGAGAAAUGUAACGUUCCAGAAAGCCUCAACACAAUGACGCUGAAAGAGUUAAAAGAGUUGCUUGAGGAAUAUGACAUAAACAAAUCGUUGAUAACACUUGUCGACGAUCCACUUUUUAUAAUUGGAUACAAAUCCGUUGUGGAAACUAUUGGACAUUUCAAAUUGCUCAGCUGCAACAGUUGUUACAUUAUUAGUGGAGAACAAGCAACAUGGUAUAUGUUUCAAUCAUUGAUUUGUGGUGUAAAUUGGGAAGAUGCUACUUUUGAACAGAAAGAAGAAAUAAUCAAAGAGAUCAAUGAAUAUGUUUGCGCUGAGGAGACUUUCUAUCACUCGUAUUCGAGAGUUGUUAAACGCAUUUUGCAACUGAAAACUAAACACUCUGGCAUCUACAAAAAUAAUGUGAAACCGUUUGAUUUCUUUUUGCGUGGAGAAGAUCCGAACAGAAUAGUUCCCUAUCAUUAUUAUGAAACUAUUGCCAACUCCUACAAACUACCACUCUACAAAGUAUCAACAAAUGAGAAACUCCCUCAACCUGCCUGGAAGAUCAGACUUUAUUUAUUACUUGGAUUCAUGCAUACGUUUGUGAACUAUGACCACCGUCUGCUCGAAUUUAUCUGGUGGCAAAUCAACGUAGUUUAUAGAGUGAUUAUGAUUCUAGUUCCGAGUGACCGUCGUCUUGAAGUGAUAGAUAUGAUUAAGAUAGCUCUUGUCUGCAUGAAAAACCCUGCAUACUAUCCGGAAGAAGUCCAACAGAUAGAAGGACAGCAACAAAAAUCUUUGAAAGAUGUACUUCAACAAGAUGUCCAAGGAACCGAUAACACGGACGACGAAUUGUCAGAUUUGUUCAAAAAUUACACAAUUACUGAAGUGGAAGUUUGCACUGGAAUUGAUGACGUCGACAAGCCUUCUGAAUCACAAGAGCCAAAAGAUCACAAGUUCAUCAUCAAAUAA